AACUUCCAAACGCGCUUGGAGGCGCCUCGAGUCCAUUGGCGCACCGGAGCGGAGCCGGAGCGAGGGAUGUGAAGCAACGCCGAGCCGCUUUGGAGGGGUCUCCUUAACCGCUCGGACCAACGGGGGAGGCUUCGUAGCCCUCUUUUUUUUUUGCAACCAAGGGUGACUUGACUCCCCCUCUCCCCUCCCUACCAGCUCCCCAACCAACCCCCCCCCCGGACUCCUUCCUAUGCCCCGGUGGCGUCGCCCCCUCCCCAGCCUUGGGUGACUUUCUCCCACCCCGCCUCCCCUUCCUUCGGGCUCAGCAGCACCUCCUCCGAUCGCACCGGGCGACCUUCCUCCCCCCCCCCCCCGCCCCUUCGCUCCAACAUGCCCGAACAGCUCAGCGUCUCGGAGUUCGUGGCCGCCACUUCGGAGGAUCUCAGCUCGCCGCUGGCGUCCGGCUUCGCCGCCAAGAUGCAGAAGUGCCGGGGCUCAGUGGGGGCGCUGGAAGAGAGUUUGGAUGGAGACCAAGCCAUUCUUCAGCGGAUCAGGAAAUACGUGAAAGCGAUUCAUGUUUCUGGACUCACUCACGUGGAGAACGAGGAACAAUACAGCGAAACUCUGGAGAACUUUGGCAAUAACCAUCUGUCUCAGAACAACCAUGAACUUUCCACCGGCUUCCUCAACCUCGCUGUUUUCACCAGGGAAGUGACUGCGCUUUUCAAAAACCUGGUGCAGAAUCUGAACAACAUAGUCUCUUUUCCUCUGGACAAUCUGUUGAAAGGACAGUUGAAGGACACCCGGCUGGAUUCCAAGAAGCAAAUUGAAAAGGCUUGGAAGGAUUACGAGACCAAAGUAGCAAAGCUGGAGAAGGAGAAGGAGCGAGCCAAGAUAUCGGGAGUCAUCCAGACAGAACCUUCGGCCGCCGAGAUCACAGAGGACCUGCAGAAGGAACGCCGCACUUUCCAGCUGCAGAUGUGCGAGUAUCUUCUGAAAGCCAACGAAUGCCAAAUGAAGCAAGGGCCAGAUUUUCUGCAGAGCCUCAUCAAGUUUUAUCAUGCACAACAUAAUUUCUUCCAAGACGGCUGGAAGGCAUCUCAGAACCUCUACCCGUUCAUCGAAAAACUAGCCGUCUCUUUACAUGCGCUUCGUCAGGCCAAGGAAGAAGAGGUGAAACAGCUUACUCGGAUCCGUGAUUCCCUCCGAGGCAUCCUGCAGCUGGAGAACAAAGGGGAGAACCUCAACAGGAAGAACUCUGGCAGUGGAUACAGCAUCCAUCAGCAUCAAGGCAAUAAACAGUACGGGACUGAGAAGUCUGGCUUCUUGUAUAAGAAAAGUGAUGGAAUUCGGAAGGUGUGGCAGAAGAGAAAGUGUGGGGUGAAAUACGGAUGUCUCACUAUUUCUCACAGCACAAUAAACCGUCCUCCAGUAAAGUUAAAUCUCUUGACUUGCCAAGUGAGGCCGCAUCCGGAGGAUAAAAAGUCCUUUGAUCUUGUGACACAUAACAGAACAUACCACUUCCAAGCCGAAGAAGAGCAAGACUGUGUCGUGUGGGUAUCAGUGCUCCAGAAUAGUAAGGACGAAGCCCUUAGCAAUGCUUUCAAGGGGGACCCAGCAGGCUCCGUAUCCUCAUCUGGAGGCGUGGCUGACAGUGGAUUGCAAGAACUCGCCAAGCUCAUCAUCGAUGAAGUGAAAAACAUGCCAGGAAAUCGAUGGUGCUGUGAUUGUGGAGCCCCAGAUCCCACCUGGCUUUCCACCAACCUUGGCAUCUUGACAUGUAUUGAGUGCUCGGGGAUUCACCGUGAACUAGGGGUGCACUAUUCCCGCAUCCAAUCUUUGACACUAGAUGUGCUCAGCACGUCGGAAUUGUUGCUGGCAGUCAGCAUUGGAAACGCCAAGUUUAAUGAAGUCAUGGAAGCCACCUUGCCAAUCCAGAACAGCCCCAAACCUUCCUUGAGCAGCGAUAUGAAUACCAGGAAGGAAUUCAUCAUGGCAAAGUAUAUGGAACGCAAGUAUGUCCACAAAGUUACCAAGGAAGAUCCUUACCGAGUCUGGGAAGCUAUCCGAAGCAGGGAUCUCUUGGCACUGCUCCAGGCUUUUGCUGAAGGCCACGAUCUGUCCAAACCUCUCGUGAGUCCUGAAGGUCAGGAACAAGGUGAACCAGCCUUGCAUUGGGCAGUACGCUAUGCCAACAAAACCUCCCUUCCAUUGGUGGAUUUCAUUAUUCAGAAUGGGGGAAAUCUGGACCGACCCACUGCGGAUGGGAACACAGCCUUACAUUACGGAGUCCAGUAUAAUCAGCCCAAUUGCAUCAAGUUGUUACUGAAAGGGAAAGCUUCUACAAAGGCAGUAAAUGCAGCGGGUGAAACACCUCUCGAUAUGGCACGAAGAUUCAAGAAUGCUGAGUGCAAAGACUUGCUGGAGCAGGCCCAGGCUGGGAAGUUGGCUAUGCAGAUCCAUGUGGACUACGACUGGGAAACGUCUCAGGAGUUCUCAUACGACAGCGAAGAUGAGCUGGAUGAAAAGAUUAGCCCACUGCAACGAUCUUUUGGGUCUUCACCAUCUCCCACCACCGGCCAGCCCAUUCUCUUCUCUCCAAAUCGGUGGGGCUGCUCUGGCAUGGAUAUCAGCAACAAGACCUACGAGACCAUCGUGAUCCCUUCGCAGCCUGGUCAACGAAACUCUGCCACUGAGAAGACCCCACCGCCACUGCCACUCAAGAAGCCUCCGAAAGGGAGCAGCAAAUCAAAACCAGAUGCCUCUGAAUCGCUACCCCAUUCGCCAGACAGCCCUGACGUUUGGAACUCAUCCCUUUCCAGCAUCCCCAGUGUGUUGGAGGGUGGCCCAUUCUGGCAAUCAGCCAACGUCCGUAACUCUAUGGAAGUCAAAGCCACAGCCUAUUGGGAGACCUGCUCCGAUGUCGGCGGUGCCUCUCAACGGCGAAGAUCAGAGCCUACUCAGAUGAUAGCUCUGCAGCCUUCCCCUGGGACCUCUCCGGAACCAGGACAAACACCCCCAGUCAGGUUCAGCUCAGAGAGCACCAGGUCCUAUCGACGGAUCAGUAGUAGCAGCUCGAUGGGUAAAUAUUCCAGCAGCCCUCUCUCCCCGCAGAGCCCUUGUUGCCCGGAUGAAGUGUCUUUAUGCAAAACUGCGAUGCCAGGGCCGACACCUCUGCCUGUGCCAACGCCAAGAAGAUUUGCACCAGCCAAAGGACGGUUAAAUCGAGUCAAGGCUUUGGCUGACUGCAAAGGGGACAAGGCCCGCGAGUUGACUUUCUCCAAGGGCGAAGUCAUCGUAGUAACACGGGAAGAGGAUGAGCAAAAUUGGGUUGGAUUCAUUGCAGGUGAUGGCACAAGGACAGGUGUCUUUCCUUCCAACUUCGUCCAGCCGUUGCAAGACUGAGUGGACCCAGUUUGGUCUUCUCUAAACAGAUGAGGCAGCAUGAUCUGCUCUGGAGACGGACAAAGUGUGGAGGGGGCUUUGCUGGAUCUCCAUAGAGCUCCAUGGUCUUCAUGGGAUGUCAUUUCCUUAUUCAGUUCCAUGAUAAUGUUGCUAGGAAGAGAUGAUGGAAUCUGGCUUUUGAGACUCUUUUUUCUUUUUGUAAACAGAAAGGGGGAGGGACCAUGGACAAAGGACCUAUAUGUCAAUGUGACUCGAUGGACCUCUUUUUGUCCCUUCAAUUGUGGAGGGAAGUAUGUCACCUUCGUUGUAUAACGUAGACGCUCUACCACGAAAUCACCUCUAUUUUGCCACUGGAUCUCAUUCAGAUCGUCCUGUGCCCAUUUUGAGCCAUGGAGGAAUGGAUCCAAUUUCUUCAGUGCAACCACUUGAUUUAAUACCAGUCUCAGUUUCCAUGUCAACAACCAAGAGGGAGCAGAAGCAUUUAGAAAGUAGUUUUCCAGGGGUGGGGGUGGGGGGUUGGAAAUGGCAAGGAAUCAAUGCUGAAGAUUGUAUGGGAAGCCUUGGGCGGGAGGUUGGGCAGGGCUGCUGUUAAUCCUUGCUCCAAUGGUAUGAGUCACCUUCGUGUUUUGUUCAUGGGGAAACAAUUCCCCUAUUGCAGAAUAUACGAUUCUCUGCGAUAGAAGAUUCUGGAUUUUGUCUCGGUCUGGUUGUUAUUAACUCAAGCUGAAUGGAUCGUCACUCACCCAAGGAUCGCCAUUUUGUUUCCUCAGAAUCUGUCUCCCUUCUAGGACUUUUCUCUAAACAACUUCAUUAAAAAGAGAACCUCACCUUGUUGGGUAAAAAUCCCCUCUGUGCAAAGUUGUUUUAAAAAUACUGCAGGCAAGAACUUAGUGUCUGAAAGGGGUUAGGGUCCACUUAAGAAAUCUGCAAAAAAAAUUGAGGCAGCACCGUCAAGCUUGCUUGUAGUCUUAAGCUAUCAUUUUAUCUGCUCAGUGUUGAACAUUAUACGUCUACAGUUUGAAAGGGCUCCUGACCAGAGGUGGUAUUCAGCCAGUUCUGGCAGGUUCUGGAGAACCGGUAGUGGAAAUUUUGAGUAGUUUGGAGA